UUUCCCAAAAAUUCGACGGUGCAGUAAUUCAUUCUUUGCUCGGUGGUCGCUUUCUCUCCUCUUAUCCGUUGGGCUUUUGCGUGGAUUCAUCUCCCAAAAUCUAUCGUCUUUCUCUGGAUCUGAGCGAGAAAUCUUCCUCUGUCUCGUCCCUAAACGUUUGGGUGGUAGAAUACGCUAAGUUGGAGAGGCUGAGCACAAAGGCAGGGGGGAACAGCAUGUGUUGGUUCACUCUUUCUGUUGAUGUGUACCGCAAAGUCGUGCGCUUGAAUCUUUAUUGCCGAGUGAUUCUGUAAACCGUUGUUCUUUCAUUGAAUCCAAUCCCUCAACUUUUCUUCUCUUUCUUCAGCCUUUUUCUCGAGUUUCUUGCCACACUGUCCAUGGGAUCCCUACACUUUUUCUUCUUCUGUUGUGAUCAGUAUAGGAUCAGCUAAAGGAUUCGUCGCAGAAAGCUUUUUUUCGAACCCGAGUCUUCUCCUUUAGCUCUCUCUCUUGUCUUCUUUUGUUUCCUUCCACUGCUUAAGCUCUCUCCUUCUACCUGUCAUCAUUCUUAGGUCUGUCUCGUCAUAUUUUAGGAUAUUCGUCUUCUGUAACUUUUAUACAAGAGUUUUGGCGGAGUUAUGGUGUGCCAAGCAGCUGGUCAGACAAGAUUUCGAGCAUUGAAGUACGAGAACGGUGACGCCGGAAAACCAACAAUUGUAGUCAGAGUUAUUGCAUGCUUUCAACCAAUGGAUAAUUGCCAGGCUGAGUACUUCCGUCAUCUUCUCAAACCAGUCACGUAGAUCGUUUGAAAGGCCACGUUGUGUUUUCAAGCUGGGAUUUCUGUUUGUCUUGUUUUUGUUUUUCACUAUUGUCUCAAAGUAAACGAGAAGCAUUGCACGAAGCGGAUUGAGCAACAUCCAUAAUCGCUUUGUAUUCUUUAAUUUUCCCUUGGCAUAAACUGCAAGAGCAUGCCUCUUGAUAUCAAGAAACCAGGAUGUUUGCCUUCGGGCAUUAUCCCUCAAGCUUUCUUUGAGGAUAUAGCUGCCGGGUUUACCCGUCCUGCUAUUCCUGUUCCCGAGCUUGAGAAAGUCUAUGAAGCUGAGCGUCAGGCUCGCUAUUUUCAGCCACCAUUCCAAGCUUUAUUUCCAAGCCAUGGCCAUCGAGCCCGUGAAAACCAGUUCUCAUGUUUCCACGGAUCUUCUGGAUUUGCCGCUGCACCGAAUGAGGGGUUGAAUUCUCCUCAAAAAAAACUUCUGAUAUUCGAUCAGUCAGGAAACCAGACUCGUUUGUUACGAUGUACAGCACUUCCUGUUCAGUAUCCAUCUGCUGUUGCUGGAGAACCCGGUAAACUUCCCGGUUUACACGAUCUGGAGAAAGGGUUCAGAAAAGAUAGUUUUAUCCCGGGCAAGUUUCUUUCGGGUGAAGAUACUGAUGAGAACCAUGUAAAUGGUGAAGAGUCUGAAAUGCAUGAAGACACUGAGGAAAUCAAUGCACUGCUGUAUUCAGACGAGGAUGAUUAUGACGAUGAUUGUGAGAGUGAUGAUGAAGUAAUGAGCACUGGUCACUCUCCUUCCCCCGUCGAAGAAGUGUGCAACAGAACAGAACUGUGCAACAGAACAGAACUCGGGGAAACCAAUAGCAAUGAUGGUCCUCGUAAAAGGCAGAAACUGCUGGAUGGUGGAUACAAAAGAUUGGCAAAGGACGAUAAUCUUCCCGAAACAAGCAGCGGCUCGAGCAAAGAGGGAAUGGGCUCUGGUCUGAGCAACGAGCAGUCGAAGAAAGACAAAAUCCGGACUGCCCUGAAAAUACUCGAGAGCGUAGUCCCCGGUGCAAAGGGAAAGGAAGCCCUCUGGCUUCUGGAUGAAGCCAUUGAUUACCUCAAGGCACUGAAGCAAAAUGUGAAACCUUUAGGGGUUAACCACUGUUAAAAACCCCCUCCUUCAUAAGCAUGCUGGUUAAAGUGUGGACAAGGAACAGAAGCUAAUGAAUAAGAAGGCCUGAAGAUUCUCCGGAUCAAGAUUUCGAUUAACGUGGGUUUUGAAAUAAUUAACACUAUCUGGUCAAUGUGGGGUCGGAUCCCCCUGCCCUUUCCUGUCUUUCAAGAGCUAUAUAGCUGUACAUAGUGGACUACUUUGAGCAUGCUGAACAGUAGUAAAAAGAAAAGAAAGGAGGUCACUUUCUGGGCUUGAAGUGGAAGAAAGGUGAGAGAAGAACAGGUCGUCGUCUUCAUCGAUCGUCAAUGAUUAUAGUUUUGGAUUUUUUUGUGUGUGAUAUGGUGUGCCACAAAAAGUGAAGAAGGUGGUGAGGAGGAAAAAAGGGCAAAUCAAUAUGAAUGCGCAUGCCCACCACCACCACACCAUCUCUUCUCUCAUUAGGUAAAAUCACUGUCCCCACCUUUUGUCUCCUCUGCUUUCUGUUCAUUCUCUCUGUUGGGUUUUCAUCAUUUCUCCCCAUCUGCAUCAAUCUCUUCUUCCUCCUCCUUUGGCUCUGAAAGCUCAUCUCUUGCUUUGAUGGAGACAGGCCCUCCUCUUCUUGUGAUGGGGUCCAUGCUGUGUCUUGAAUCAUUGAGGUCAUAGUUCUUGUAAAACUACUAAUCAGUGUAAUAAUGGAAUUGGGAACCUCUUCUGUCUCUUGCUUAGUCCCCUCUUCCCCCCAUGUGUUCCGGUCGGUUGUCCUUCUCUCUGUCCUGUUGUUUAUGUUGUGUCCUGUCCUCUAUGUUUCAUUUCUUGGAUUGUAACAAGUUUGAUCAUAUUAUAUAAUGGGUGUGUCUUUGAAAUU